AGAAGAGACCUGUGAUUUUCAGCGAAGGCAGUCGACUACGUCACACCUGUGCGUAUUUUCUUCGUCGCCGGGUUGUGAGAGCCAAAGAGGUGUAUGCUCUGUGCACACAGUCACCUGGGACCUGUUGCUCAGCUGCGGCUGUCACCGCCGUUGUGAGAAACGCCUGUUUUUGAUUCAAAGGAUGCUUCUCUUUAUCCUUCAGCGUUAUGGACGUACAUGAUGCGCUAGAGAUCUGCCACGUUAUAACCAGCCUAUAACCAAGCCGGAUGAAAACACUGUGUCUUUUAUCUCAGUUGGCUUGACCAUCAAAAGAGGUCCACACACUUGCCAUGGGCAGAUGCUGCAAAUGCAACGGGAGACUGCUGUGCAUGUGCUUGCUGCCUUGCAUGAUGACUGGCCACCUUCUUAUUUAUAUCUUGGUGUCAGUAUUUGUCACCAUCUCCUACAGUCCUCCAAAAAUUACCAUCCACUAUAUUGCCCCUGGAAUUUCAGCUAACUCCUCUGAGUUGGCCUCUUACCCACUUGGCCCUUUCUGGAACCUUCGUCUCGAGGACAGUGCACUAUGGAACCAGUUGCAGCAUGCUUGGGAUCGUCAGUACAAUCCAAUACUGCGAGGAAACAUAACUGGAAUAAUGAGGAAGUCAAAAGUUGAGCUUUUACCAGAGAUCGAAAAUGACUGCGUGUCUGACUGUGUGUCACGCAAGUGUUCAGUCCCUCGUAUGCAUGGUUUAAACAGCUUGCCGGAACAAAUGAAGGCAUUUAUCUCUUCAAUGCACUGCAGGGAGUAUCCCCUCCUUAUCAACCAGCCUGGUAUGUGUAGGAGGAACAAUAGUAGCUUUGGUCUGGAUUCUCCCAUGCUCAUAAUGGCCAUCAAAACUCAAGUGGGGAACUUUGAAAACAGGCAGGCCAUCCGUGAAACAUGGGGACGCAGUGGGCUGGUGAAAGGGGAAUCAAAUAAGAAAGGUGGAUUAGUGCGCACAGUGUUUUUGCUUGGAAGACAGGAUUCAAGUACAGGACCCCACCCAGACCUCAAAAACCUCCUAGAGCUUGAGAACCAGAAAUAUAGUGAUAUUCUGCAGUGGGAUUUCAGAGACACCUUCUUUAACUUGACCCUAAAGGACUUGCUGUUCUGGAAUUGGCUCCAACAAUACUGUCCCACUGCUGUCUUUGUUUUCAAAGGUGACGAUGAUGUCUUUGUUCGAACAGAUGCCCUCCUGGAUUACUUGCACAAGCGCUGGGAGGAGCACAACCUUUGGAGAGUACGUACAAAUGAAACUGACAAUGAUUUGGAUUUGUUUGUGGGGGAUGUAAUCAAUAAUGCAAUGCCAAAUCGUGAGCCAUCCACUAAAUACUACAUACCAGAACAUUUCUACAAAGGCAGGUACCCCGCGUACGCUGGUGGAGGAGGGGUGGUGUAUUCUGGCUCACUUGCAUUACGGUUGAAAGAGGUUUCUGAGAGGAUUCGCCUCUUCCCAAUAGAUGAUGUGUAUUUGGGCAUGUGCUUGGACAGACUCGGUCUCUCUCCAAUCCACCACCCAGGUUUUUUAACAUUUGAUCUCCCAGAGUCAGACAGAGGCAAUGUUUGUGCCUACAGGUCUGUUUUGCUCGUUCACAAACGGAAUCCCAAGCAGAUGCUGACACUAUGGAAGCAGCUCCAGAACCUGCCAGGUCAAUGCUGAGGCUCAUUUGCCUGCCAAAUACAGUAGGAUUCAUUGAGCACAGGAUGAAUACUACCACCACACCCAUUUGGAAAAUGCGUGCAUCUUCGUGACUGCAUCUUCAUGUCAAGCAGACAAUACUUUAUGAAUGGUCACGUGAAAUGUACCUUUCCUCCAAAGAGUUAUGUAACACUGAGCAGGAGACUGAUCUACCUCAAAGGGUACUUUUAUUAUGGGGCAUUACACAAUUAGGGUACCUUUAAAAAUCAAUACAGGUAUGUAUUUGUACCCUUUUAACUUAAAAGUUUUAUUUUACUACCUUUUAAAGAACAUAUAAUACAUUACUGUUGUUUCACAAUGUUUGAAGAAAAUACUUUAGGUAUAACUGUGAUAUGUUCACUGAUGAAUAUGACUUUCUGUAUCAUGUUGUCUUUAGGUCAGCAGUUCCAACAAGAAGUAAUUUCAAGAUCUUGAUGAAAUUGAUGGUUUCAUGCACAGUCUUUUAUAACUUAUAACAAUAACAAUAAUAAUAAUAAUUUAAAGCAAUGCUUGGACAGUGGUUAUCAUUUAGCCAGGGAGAAUGGUGUUUAUAGAAGUUUUAUGUUAUCUGAUUUUGGAACAACAAAAGUUAAUUACGUUUUUAGGGAAGAACAUGUUGCUGACUUAAAAAGGGGCCUGAGAGAUUACAAAUAGUUUUUGUUCUAAUUGUUACUAAAGGCAAAACAAGAUUGCUUUUUCAAUGUUGUGGAUUUUAAGUCAUACAAUUUUGAAUGUGACAUAUAUUAUAAUAUUUUGGAAGGUAUGGGGGUGAUAUUUGCCGCUGUCCUUAAGA